UGAUCAUUAAACACGGUUGUAACAAAUAGACAACGAAUAAAGGAUUGUAGAUUGUAGUGCAUCAUAACCGUGUUAUACGAGGUUAUUUAUAUUUACAUUUCUGUUUGGUGCAGUUGUUUUCGCAUUUUACGAAGAACGAUUUUCGAAGAAAUCUCAUCUCCUCAUUUUAAGUGAUCGAGAAUGGAUUUCCAAAAUCGUCCGGGUGGCAAAACCGGCGGCGGCGGGGUCGCCUCCUGGUCCGAGAGCAACCGCGACCGCCGAGAACGGCUCCGUCAGCUCGCCCUGGAGACUAUCGACUUGAACAAGGAUCCGUAUUUUAUGAAGAAUCAUCUGGGCUCGUACGAGUGCAAAUUGUGUCUCACCUUGCAUAAUAACGAGGGCAGUUACCUGGCGCACACGCAGGGUAAGAAGCAUCAGGCUAAUUUAGCCAGGAGGGCCGCGAAAGAGGCUAAGGAAGCACCGCAGACCCUAGCGCCGGAGAAACCCCGAGUCGAGCCUAAGAAAUUCGUAAAGAUCGGUCGACCCGGUUAUAGAGUUACGAAGCAACGUGAUCCGGAAUCUGGCCAGCAGAGUCUACUGUUUCAGGUAGAUUAUCCGGAGGUGGCGGACAAUGUAAUACCGCGGCAUAGGUUUAUGUCCGCCUACGAGCAGAGAGUCGAACCACCUGAUCGCAAAUGGCAAUAUCUGCUGUUUGCAGCUGAACCAUAUGAAACUAUCGCCUUCAAAGUACCCAGCAGAGAAGUGGAAAAGGCGGAAGGAAAGUUUUGGACUCACUGGAACAAGGAUACGAAACAAUUUUUUCUACAAUUUGCAUUCAAGAAUGAGAAACCGUCCGUGGGCAAAGUACCACCGCCGCCGGUUCCUUUGAUAAGACCGGGACUAAGUUCGAUGGUACCUGUUCCGCCGCCUCCUCCUAGACCACCCAUGUUUAAUCCGGUACCACCUCCACCAGCUCUCCUAGCGAGUGGGAUGCAAAUACCUCCUCCACCACCUCAUAUAGCAUAAUGCAUUUGAUACAAUUCGAAUAAAUUUUUUUUAUUAAUAAAAAGUUUGCGCGUAUUAUCUUUUCAAGAAAAAAAUGCAUUUGUGUAAUUACAUAAAAUCAUAUAUAUGAUCUUAUGUCCAUUUUUUUCUUAGAUUUUUAAAAGAAAAUAAUUGUUUAUAUAUUUCUAUCAACAUGUAAAAGAUCAAACAUCUAUUCGAUAUUUAUGCAAAAACUGUAUGUAAUAUAUUUAAAUGUAUAUAAUAUCUAUAAAAAUGAGACAACUUAUGAGACAUAAAAAAACAUGAGUCUUUAAAAAAAAUUUUUAUUUAUCAUUGAAAUAUAUAUUCGUUUCCAUAAA